CAUGCGCGGACAAGGCAACACAUUUCAGCGCUAAUGUAAGCCCCUGACAAAACAAUUAGCUAAUGUAAUCGAGUUUGCUCACUAACAAUAGUUGGCCUGCUUAACUGGAAAUAGUACACGUCGACAAGGGACCGUGAACCUGCCAUGGUAUGCUGAGGUGGAGAGUCUGGGGACCUAUACACUAUGGCAGAGUCACUUGCCAUCCAGGACCAUUCAACAGAAGCAGAACUAUGCACUAAGUAUGAAAUAAAAGACAUUGAGUCCUUUGAGACUGAAGGAGCCAACCAGAGAUUGAAAGUCGACCACUUGCUUUUCACCAUUGAGAGACAUCAAAAAUGUUACUUCUGGUUUUGUGAAGAGUGCAAAGAAUAUUUUAUUGAUGAAUGCCCCACACAUGGCCCUCCAGUUUUUGUGCCUGACACCCCUGUGCCAGUGGGCGUCCCAAACCGUGCCGCCCUUACUACCCCUAAUGGCAUUGAGGUCAUUCAGGAAGGCAGCGAGGUGGACGUAUGCUGCGUAGACAAAGACAUUCCCAGGGGGGCACUAUUCGGUCCUUACCAGGGUGAAGUGAUGUCACAUGACAAGUCCUCUGGUUUCUUCUCCGGGAUGUUGGUGGACAAAAACAACUCAUACAAAUCCAUUGAUGUUAGCGACGAAACCAAAGCCAACUGGAUGAGGUAUGUCCGAAAUUCUUCAGAGGACAUUGAGCGAAACCUGACAGCCUUCCAGCAUGGCGAGCACAUCUACUUCCAGGUGUGCCGUGACCUGUCAGUGGGAGAGAGGCUGAGGGUAUGGUACAGUGAUGACUACAUGGACCGAUUACACCGCAUGUCCCAGGACACCAUCGGCAGCAACUUGGCCACAGUUGAAAAGGACUCACGAGUGUGGUCAAGCCCCUGGAAUGUUACAGCCCGGGACCGGGAGGCCACCCAGACCCUCAUCGAGCACUACGGGUCCCCAGAAAUCCAGAGCCUACUGAACGACCGGACAACCAGAACCAAGCAGAUCUUUGAGAUCAUUGCCAGUCGGAUGGAGGCACAGGGCUUCCUGAUCAGUGAGAACUCCUGGCAGGCUGGCAAGCGAUGCUUCCAAAAGUGGCGCAACAUGGAGCGCACGUACAAAGACUAUGUGCUGGCGUCCAAGAGGACUGACGCUGGACGCAGGAAACAGCCCGAGUUCUAUGACCAGUUCCAUGCACUCAUGGGCCAGAGGCUGAGCUCCAAGCUGGCUGCUGCUGACACCCCAGCCAGGGCGUUGGCCAAGCUGAAGCCUAAAGCUGUAGCACCAACUCCAAGCCUGCCCCUCUACGCUAUUGUAGUCCCAUCAGGCCACCCAGUCAACCUCGGUAUACCCUCCACCUGCAGCCCAGAGGCUGAGAUUGGAGUCCAUGCAGGCACCACUGAGCCUGAUCCGCUAGCCAGGACGUCCAGGAGCGAACGGGUCCCACAUCCCAAGAUACUCCAGUCAAAUGCAGAGGAGGAGAGGGCAGAGAAUCAACUCCAAAAGGGGAGGAGGAGGUCAUGGCUUGGGGAUGACAGAGCUGCUGAGAACGGUGGGUCCCUGCCUGUGUGGUCGGAGCGGAAAAUGAUUAGUCAGGACAUUGAGGCAACGGAGGCUUUAGUAGAGCUGUACAGCUCUCCAGAGAUCCAGGGACUAAUCAGGGAGAACAAGACCCGAACCAAGAGGAUCUUUGAGAUCAUAGCUAGCAGGCUAAAGGAGCAAGGCUUCCCCAUCAGUGAUGUGCCUGAGCAGGCAGGGGAGCGAUGCUUCCAGAAAUGGCGGAACCUAUCGAGGGCGUACAAGGAGUACAUCCUCCACCCAGAGAAGGCUGACAUGGCAAAGCGGAAGCUUCCGGCCUACUUCAACAGGCUCCAGGACCUCAUAGGCCACCGGCUCAGCCUUCAACUAUCUGAAGACUCCCCCGAGCCUGAUGGCAGCAUGGGAGAUGCUGAGGCAGAUGCAGGGGUUGAGGACAUAAGCCAGAAUCUUUUACACAUUGUGGAGGUGCCGGCGAGCCCCACUGAUAUUGUCAGUCCCCCCUCCACUUCUGCCUCCUUCUCCUCUUCACGUACAGGAAACCCCCUCCACGUUGGAGCCAGUGGGCGGAAGAGAAGGAGGAUGGCAAACAUAUUGGAUGUCUUUCAGGGUUACAGGGAGGAGGACAAACGAUUGCAAGAGGAGAGGGAAAGGAGGGCAGAGGAGCGCUUUAAUCAGCUGCGAAGCAUUCUGCAGCAACAGCACACAGAGACUAUGGCAGUGAUGAGAGAACUGAUCAAUUCCAUGAAGAUGAAAAAACAAUGAGAUAUACCGUGAAUACAGUUGAAGUCCGAAGUUUACAUACACCUUAGCCAAAUACAUUUAAACUCAGUUUUUCACAAUUCCUGACAUUUAAUCCUAGUAAAAAUUCCCUGUCUUAGGUCAGUUAGGAUUUUAAGAA